CAAGUUCACCUGCCUCACUUUCUCCUCCAGAGCCAUCUGGAUUCAGUAGCUAGAUAGAUUAGGAGGAAUGGAGAUGGCCUUGGUUGCAGAGAGAGACAAUGGACUUUUUAAGUUCAGGUCUUCAACAAUCUCUCAUUUGACUGAGGACACACCCAUUUUGUGAUUAAGGCUAAGUAGCGAUCGAGGCAAAAAAAAAAAAAAAUCUCUUUCACCUACUCCAAAAAAAUCUGAAUGAAUGAAUGAAUGAAUGAAUGAAUCUGGAAGAGGAACAUCCUCAUAUUUUCUGGCCAAAGCAGAAACGGGAUUACAUGAUACUAUGCUUUUCUUCACUAGUAGACAUAAGCAAAGAAUAACAGGAUUUAUUCUAUCAUUAUUGUAUCCAUGGUUGUUAGUUUUUUUUUUUUAAUCAAUUUGUAUCAAAGUAAAAACUAAGUUAGUAUCCUGAGAAUUCAUUGACAGUUAUAAUUAUACCAUAUGUUUUUUUCUUUUUCCUCAUAGAAAAAUUUCCUUAGUUUGGCAAAGAAAGGAUAUCUCAGUGCUAUGUAAUUCUAAUUUUAAAGAGAGGGUAUUGCUUUUGUAUGUGAAUGGGAAGAAAUAUGCUUUUGUAAUGAAAGGAGUCAUGAUAUGUUUUGUGACAAGUUUCUGGUGUAUGUGCCAGAUUAAAGCUAAAUCCAAAAGAAUGAUAAUCCAGGUUGAUGCCAAUUUUUUUUUCUAAAUGAUUAUACCCUUGCCAAAUCAGCAGUCUUUUAGUUUCUAAAAUUAUUUCUAUAAUUUCCACAUUUAUUAAUGUCAUAAUGAAGAUUUACUUAUCUGACAAGUAUUCUUCAUAAAAACUAUGGUCUUAACACUAUGUCAUAACUGCAUUUUUCUAAUUAAGCUUGCCAAAGUUAAUUUAGGGCUUUACCUAAUGUUCUUUUGGGUUUGUGUCUUGUGAGUGUAUGCUUUAAAUUAUGUUUCUCUUUUUUCUUCCCUUUGGGAAACUAGUGACAGGAAAGGAACAAAAACAAAAAACCCAGUGGUAAGCAUUUAAUGAAGGAACUUUCUAAAGAAUAACUUUUUAUUUUCAAAAUAUAUACAAAGAUACUUUUUAAUACUCACCCUUGCAAAAUCAUGUGUUCCAAUUUUUUUCCUCCUUCUCUUAUCCCCACCCCAUCUCAUAGACAGCAAGAAUCCAAUAUGUUAAACAUAUGCAAUUCUAUGAAGAAAUUUUCAAUCACACUCAACAAACAGGCCUACCAAGAAUAUUGCAAGAGUAGACUUGCCCAGGCUAAGUUCUCAUGCAAACUUAUUUGUCAUUGUGAUAAUAAUACAGAUAGAAGGUUGACAAGCUUGCAAUGGAGUUGGAACAGAACCGCAACCUGUGCUGCACUAUAAUACACAUUGACAUGGAUGCUUUCUAUGCUGCUGUAGAAAUGAGAGAUAAUCCAGAACUGAGGGAUAAACCCAUCGCAGUAGGAUCAAUGAGUAUGUUGUCUACUUCAAAUUAUCAUGCAAGAAGAUUUGGAGUACGGGCAGCUAUGCCUGGAUUUAUUGCUAAGAGACUCUGCCCACAAUUAACAAUAGUGCCCCCAAACUUUGACAAAUAUCGAGAAGUGAGUAAAGAGGUUAGAGAAAUUCUUGCCGAUUAUGAUCCCAAUUUUAUGGCCAUGAGCCUUGAUGAAGCCUAUUUGAAUAUAACAAAGCACUUAGAGGAAAGACAAAACUGGCCUGAGGAUAAAAGAAGAUAUUUCAUCAAAAGAGGAAACCCUACAGAAAAUGAUAAACCAGAAACUGUCAUAUCAGGGGCACCAGAAUUAAAUGAAGCUGCCCUAUCCAUUUCUCCUUUGCUCUUUGAAGAUAGCCCUCCUCAUCUACAGCAACAAGAACCAGAAAUUCCUUCCCAAGCACACUUUGAAGAACAGAGAGAUCCUCAAGUCCUCCAAAAUUCAGUUAUUUUUGGGACUUCAGCUGACGAAGUUGUAAAGGAAAUUAGAUUCAGAAUUGAACAAAAAACAUCUCUGACAGCCAGUGCAGGCAUUGCUCCAAAUACAAUGUUAGCAAAAGUAUGCAGUGAUAAAAAUAAACCAAAUGGACAGUACCAGAUUUCUCCUAAUAGACAAGCUGUAAUGGACUUCAUCAAGGAUUUACCCAUUAGAAAGGUUCCAGGAAUAGGGAAAGUAACUGAGAAAAUGUUAAAAGCACUUGGAAUUGUCACCUGCUCAGACCUUUACCAGAAGAGGGCCCUACUAUCUCUUCUUUUUUCUGAAACAUCUUGGCAUAGCUUCCUUCAUAUUUCCCUUGGUCUAGGUUCAACACAAAUGGAAAGGGAUGGAGAGAGGAAAAGUAUGAGCAUUGAAAGAACAUUCAGUGAAAUAAAUAAAGCAGAGGAACUGUAUAGCUUGUGCCAAGAACUUUGUAAUGAUCUUGCUCAGGAUCUACAGAGAGAAGGACUUAAGGGCAAAACAGUCACAAUUAAACUGAAGAAUGUGAAUUUUGAAGUAAAAACUCGAGCAUCUACUGUAGCAGCUGUUGUUUCUACUGCAGAAGAAAUAUUUGCUAUUGCUAAGGAACUACUAAAAGUAGAAAUUGAUGCUGAUUAUCCACAGCCCUUACGACUACGACUUAUGGGCGUACGGAUAUCAGGCUUUUCCAGUGAAGAAGACAGGAAGCACCGACAAAAAAGCAUCAUUAGCUUCUUAAAAGUUGGAAGCCACACCAUAGAUCCAGUUGGGUCUGUGCUGGAGAAAAAUAACCAAGAUCAAGUUAUGAAACCUCCAGAAACAUCUCACAAGCAGAGUUUCUUCACUAAAAAGCGGUCAGAAAUGAGUUGGAACCAUCAAGAUGCCUUUAAAUUUGAACCUGAAACUAUCCAAGGCUUCCAAGUUUCACAGCCAUCUAGUCUUUCAAAGGAAAAAAUGAAAGAGAAUUUAGAAACAUCAGAAAAUUUAGAUGACUAUCAGAUCUUUACUUGUCCUAUUUGUUUUAAGGAACAAGGAAGAAUGUGUUUGGAAACAUUUAACAGGCAUGUGGAUGAAUGUCUCAGUAGGACAUUGAUAGACUGUGACUCCAAAAUGAUGGCUGUCCCACAAUCAUCGUCUUUUUGUUCAGAAGUAAAUCCAGAUUUAAAACCCCAUAAUAUUAUAGAAAGCCAUUUAGUGGAUUUUGUCCCUUCAAUAAGUAUAGAUGUGCUUCCUCAAGGAAAAAGUACAGAGGUUUUAAACACAGGAACCGAGGAAGAGCACAGUCAAAAUCAGUAUUCUAAUCUCUGGAGCAAGUCUUCUCUUGUUGAAUAUAUUUAUCAAAAUUCUCCCCAUGAAAAUGAAGGAUAUCAUGCCAAAACUUCAAGUGGGCAAACAACCCUCCAGACCUGCUUGCUAAGAGACAAAACUUUGGUGUGUCCUGUUUGUAAUUUAGAGCAAAGGACUUCUGAUCUGAUGCUCUUCAAUAGUCAUGUAGAUAUUUGCUUAAAUAAAGGUCUUAUCCAGGAAUUAAGGAAGGACAAAGCUAGUCUGGUCGUAAAUUAUCCAACAGAAAAUCCUAAAAGUAAUGGGAGCUCUAGCAAAAUACAGAAAGCCGUGAAUAUCAUAGCAAAACCCAAAAGGCCAGGAUUGAUGACCCAGAAUUCAGCAUCAAAGAAAACCAAACCAAAUAAUUUCAAAUAUACAAUUGAUAGCUUUUUUAAAUGAACAGUAAGAAUUUUAUAUUAGAAGAGGUCAUUUAUAAACUAUGAAUAUUUUAAAUUCUUAUUUUAAAAUUACAGCUUAAUUCAAUGAAUAUCAAUUAUUUAAUUCUAGAAUCUUCUAGUGCUGCUGUCAAUAAUGUCAAAGUUGUGAAUUUGUUUUGGCAGGAACUAAUAAGACAUGUUUAUUUGUUUAGAGAACAUAAAGUCACAUUAAUUGGGCCUAUGGGCCUAUUAAGACAAAAAGUUGUUUUUGUUUGUUUGCUCAUUUUGUUUAUUAGCCUGGAAAAUAUCUUUCAUCCUUGAAAAUAAUAAGGAUAUUGUCAAAUGAAAACAUUUGACAAUGAUCCGUAUCUCCUAUAAGCACUUGAUUCACUUUUAAUGUAUUUAAUCAUAAGAUUGGAAAUAAUUGUAGUACUCUACUUAUAUAGCAACUCAGAAAAACAGUAUCUUGUUUUGUCACAUUUGACUUUUUUUUUUAUUUCACUUGAAAAAAAUCUUUUAAGACUGGAUCUUUUUCCUCUUGUUUUGGCUAGAAGAGCAGGGGCUACUCACAGGCCCAAUCCCACUACUGAUUGGCAUAGGAACUUGGACCUGCUCUGUUUCUGACAUGGUCCUAUCUGACCUUCCUUAGUCAGUCUGGUCUUAUGUCUCUCUGGCUCCUCCUCAACCUCCUGUCUUCCCCCUGUCCCAGCAGCUCCUGAUAUUAAUCUCAGACUCAUUAUGGGUACUUGAUUGGUUUAGCCCAUUGCAGCUUACAAUUCCAAAGCUGAAACGAGAUCAACCAAAUCAUUUCUAAUGGAGCAGUAAUGAACUGAACCAGCUAUGCCCAGAAAAAGAACUCUGG